CCCAAGUCUCGGUCCGAUUACGCCCGAACCUGACCGCAAACAGAUCCCUUCCCCGAGCCCCCGAGCCUCCAACCCUUCCCCUCCGCCGCCUCCAGCCCUCGUCUGCCCUUCGCUGAUCUCCUUCUCCGGCUACCCCCGUCGGCGUCGGAGGCGUCGAGGCCGACUUCCCCGGCGUCAAGAAGAAGCCCGCCCGCUCCUUCCCCGACACGGCGACACCUCAAGCUUCAGGGCUGUAGUUAGGUCACCUGACCGUCCGCUCCUUCUUCCCCACGCGUACGCCGUCGGAUCGACCAGAUCUUGUGGUUUUUCACCGGACACCUCUCCUCCUUUCAGUUUCCCAGGUCCUUGCGCAAGAUCUCAAGCCUGGACAUCCACAUCGUGCUGGCCUGCGUGGGGGUUCAAAGAGGACGUGUGUGUGUGUCAGAUCCAGCACCUCACUGUUCAGUGCCAGAGCCAUCUAGUCGUCCUCGUUCUUGCCGUCGAGAAGCAGCACCGGCCAUGCUACCAGAUUAGGAUCUGAAGUGUACUGUAUUUUCGCUUAUCAACCUCCACUUUCACAUUCUUUUUCCCAACAGUGGUUCAUCGGUUGUCCUGCUCAUUCCUCUCCUCCCCCAUCGGUUGUUAUGGCCCGUCUUCCCUUAAGCGCGAGACGUCGAAGAAGAAAUGUAGCAUUUAUUAAUCUGAUGAGUGCCAUUAUGCUUGUAUACUAUUAUGUGUGGUUAAUCUUUGGAUUAGUUUAUAGAAGAAAGUGUUGGCAAAUAGAAAGGAGGCUUAGAAUUAGAGAGCUAAGAGGAGAGAAUUUGUAUAAACUAAUUGGUGAGAGUGACACAGCAUGUAUAAGUCAACUUCGUAUGGAUAGGAGAACAUUUCAUAUAUUAUGUGAGAUGGUGAGAGAUGUUGGUGGCCUAAGGGGUACAAGGAAUACAUCAUUGGAGGAGAUAGUGGCAUCAUUCCUUUAUGUAUUAGCUCACCAUUUCAAAAAUAGGACAGUAAGGAAAUUCUUUUACCGAAGCCCGGAGCCAGUUAGUAGGAACUUCAAUGCUUGUCUUCUAGCUGUUUUGAAGCUUCAUCCAUUGCUACUUAAGAAACCAGAACCUAUACCCGAGGACUUCACAGAUGGUAAAUGGAAAUAUUUCAAGAAUUGUCUUGGAGCGUCAGAUGGCACACACGUAGGGGUAACCGUCCCAGCUACUAUGAAAGGAAGAUACCGAUCAAGGUUGGGUGAUGUAAAUACAAAUGUGUUAGGUGUGUGUGCACCUGACAUGCAGUUCAUUUACAUACUACCUGGUUGGGAGGGUUCUGCACAUGAUGGUCGUGUUCUUAGAGAUGCUAUCUCAAGGCCAAAUGGGUUGCGUGUCCCUGAAGAUCAAUAUUAUCUUGUCGAUGCUGGUUACACAAAUGCGAAAGGAUUUUUAGCUCCAUACCGUGGUCAAAGGUAUCACUUGGGUGGUUGGACAGCACAGAACCCACCUCGUAGUGCAGAGGAGUAUUACAACAUGCGGCAUGCCAGAGCCCGAAAUAUUGUAGAAAGGUCUUUCGAAAGACUCAAGGGUCAGUGGGCGAUUUUGAGGUCCCCGUCCUUUUUUCCUAUGAAGAUCCAAUGUCGAAUCAUCAUGGCAUGUGCACUCUUGCACAAUUUAAUCUUGCAAAAUAUGCCGCUUGACCCACUUGAUAAUGACGAGCCAAUAAUACAAGAAACAUUGGAAGGCAUGGAGGGAGAAUUAGGCCAACCAGAAUUCAUUACUUCUAUCUCAACUUCGAACGAAUGGACAAAUUUCCGGAAUGUUCUUGCGCAAGACAUGUAUAAUAGACAUAGGGCUGCUAGGGGUCAUUGAGAUAUGGAUGUGGACACCUCAAGUACGUCUCGUGGAAGAGGCAAGAAUAAAAGGAAGUGGACUUCGGAUGAGGAUGAUGAACUUAUUAAAGCCUUGUAUGAGUUGUCUUUGGACCCAAGGUGGAAGGCAGAUGGUAGCUUCAAAAAUGGAUACCUGGUGGUAUUGGAGAAGCACCUUGCUGAAAAGUGCCCGGGUUGUGGUAUCUCUGCAAUUCCACACAUCGAGUCAAGAGUGAGGCACUUUAGGACAAAAUUUGGUGCUCUUGAAGUAAUGUUAUCCAAAAGUGGUUUCACAUGGGAUGGAAACUGGAAGAUGAUUCAAUGUGAGAAGGCACAGUAUGAAGCACAUUGUAAGAUUCAUAGUGAGGCAAAGGGAUUGUAUGGUGUCCUAUUUCCGUACUUUGAGCAGUUGGCUGCUAUUUAUGGCAAGGACAUAGCAACUGGAGAAAAUGCCGAAGGCUUUGGUGAGGCAGUGGGAAACUUGGAAAAUGAAAUUGCUAUAGAAGAAGAGGAACACGAGGAAGAGGACUUGAUCUCAACAGGGACAGCUAGACGGUCUGUCGAUACUCGCUCUAUGGAUGGAACUAGUUCCAAGAGGCAGAGGAAGGAACCAAGGCCAAAGAGGGUGACGGGACCAAGUGAUCCCUUUGCAGUGAUGCUUCAAGAUGUCAAUAGCCGGCUCAACAAUGUGACACAAUAUGUGGGUACAAUGGCAGCAUCAUUGUCAGCAUCAAUGGCACGAGAAGCAGCGUAAGAGGAUCCUCAGCAGAAAUCAAAAGAGAAGGCUAUUAGUGAAUUGGCUAGGCUUAGCUUUACCGGGAGCGAGAUCGUUGAGGCUGCAACCGUAUUUGCUAAAGCUCCAGAUCAGAUGAACAUGAUGCUUGCGCUUCCAGAAAAUCUGAGGGAGUAUGUCCUAAAAAUGCUCUCUGAUGAAAAAAAGAAGCACGGUUGAUUAGAAAAGAUGGGUGGUGUGGUUGAUCAGAGGAAUGGUCGAUGGAAAAGCUACUUUGCAAGAUUCUGAAAUUGGCCUUUGGACUUGCCUUGCAAAAUAAUUUUGGGGACUAAUUAUGUAGUUCAUCUCGAAUUGUUGUUGAAGUCUGAGUUUGUAUUAAUGAGUUAAUAUGCAUUUUAGAAGUGGUGUCAAAUUCUGGUUAAAGGAUGUCUUGGAUGAAUGCAAAAAUAUUUUUAAAUUA